GCCUUUUUCCUUGAUUGGAAAUUGUUAUUUAGUUUGCGUAAUCUGGGUUCGAUUUUUCGUAUUCCUGAAUGUAGUACUGGAAUAUGUUCGCUGAAAUCAGCAAAAUUUAUUUGUCCAUAAAUUUCAGUAAUUUGUCUUAGGGUUACCAUUCAAGCACAACUAUUUGCUUAUAAUAGUUAAAAAAACAGAGAGAAUUUUGUAUUGUAGGGUUGAUUUUCAUCGUCCGAAGAACCCAAAGCCAACAAUCUGGCUAGGAAGAGGCAAUGCAGCUGUCUCUUUUAUGCAUAUAAUCAGGCUUGGGCUCAUAUCAUCAAAAAAGAUUUUCUUUCAGUCUGGCCGCUUCUGCAAGGUCUAAGUUUUCUCGCACCUCUAAGCAGGUGUGGGGUGAUAACUGGGGAGUGAUAUUAUUAUGUGUUUUGAGGAGAUCAAGAUCAUCACACAUUUGGAGAUUGUGCCGUGUGUCAGAGGGGUUAUCCCUUGACUAUGGCUAAGGUCAGCCUUGGUUAAGUCUCAGGAAGCGUGGUGACAGCAUAUGAUUUUAUUUUUUGUAGUUGCUGAGUCUAUCUUAAUUAUAUAAUUCAAUUCCAAUAGCCUUUGAUAUUACAGUUAGUAGAUCUGAUGUGAGUCCUUAUCAGUUUUUGUAAGGAUGGUAAGGUUUUCAUGCUUUCUUGCGCACGUCCACUCUCACAAGCAGAAGGUCAGUGGAUCAUGUUUCCAUAUGAAAGCAGUUCAUCUAUCUUCUGAAGCCAUGCAGAAGACAGUGGAAGACACUUUUCAAAAUCAGUCAUCAACAAGUUCAUCAUAUCCAGCAAUGAAAAAUACAUCAUAUUUGAAGGAAGAGACGGAGACACUCAUUAAUACUACUGAUCACACAACAGAUUCCUCUCCUACUGAGCGCGACUGCCGAUCAGAUGAAAUAGAGAGCAAAUCUAAUACUGAUUGUGAUAUUACAGUUCAGAAGACUUCCCAAAUUAAAAAGAGCCGGUCUUUAGGAAGUGGCUUAAACUGGAAAGGGAGAAUUUCUGGUGCCGAUGACUCGGAGGAUGAGACUGAGCAAAGAUUUUCCUGCGAUGGAUCUGCUGAUUGCACUGGAUUUAUUGUUCAAGAUGGUGUCAAAGAUCGUGGAAUCAAUUUGCUCAAUCAAUAUCAAGAUCCUAUGCCCUCUGAUUCUGUUCAAGUGAAUUCAGACUCGGCAAAAAAUGAAUCAAUUUUUUCAGUUGGGGAUCCACAACUGUCAGAAAAAGAAGGCCCUGAUAAUGAUGAUAUCCAGCUAUCUGGUGCUGGUGAGUCUGGUCCCCACACACCACGGACCCUACCUGCUAUUGUAAAGUCGAAUUCUUUGCCGAACAUGAGUUCUCCUAAUCAAUGCUUGAGAUCCUUUUUUGUUCGCUCUAGAUCAGCUGAGGAUCUGAACGUUGUAGAUUCAAGGAAGAAAGGCAUUCUGAUGCAUGAAGUGGGACCGCAGGUGACACAAAACCAAGAAAGAGACGAUUGUGUAUCAAACAAUGACAGGAACAGUGGUGAAAAUCCUGCUGAGAUUUACAGUUAUAACUAUGUAGGUUCAGCAAAAGACUGGAUAAUACCUGUGGUUGAUGGGUUCAAUGUGGAGAAAACUGUUAAAGGAGAAUCUUCAUCUUGCCAGGGGGUGGAAUUACCAAACAAGGAUUAUAAAGCAAAACGAAUUGAAGAAUGGUUCAUGGAUCUUCAGUACAGCAGCCCUUUGGAAGAGACAAAUGAAUUUUCUAUAUCAAAUGAUCCUGAGUUAAAGGAUUGCGACACUGUCUUGGAGGGUCCAGCUGCUGCAAAGUUGGAUGUCAAGGCCAACCCUGGAAUGGAAGCUGCAAAGAGAUACAUCUCUUCUAUGAAUGCCAAAUCCACAACAGCUCAGCUGACUAAUCUUGGGUUGGUUGUGAUACCGUUUCUCAGUGCUUUUGUUAGCCUUAAAGCACUUAAUUUAUCUGGAAAUAGCAUAGUGAGGAUUACUGCUGGUGCGCUCCCUCGGGGACUCCACAUUUUGAACCUUUCAAAAAACAAUAUUUCCACCAUUGAAGGACUGCGAGAUCUUUCAAGACUUCGUGUGCUUGACUUAAGCUAUAAUCGGUUAUUAAAGAUUGGACAUGGCCUCGCUUCCUGUUCCUCCCUGAAGGAAUUGUACUUAGCUGGUAACAAGAUCAGCGAGGUUGAAGGGCUUCACCGCCUUCUGAAAUUGAAUGUAUUGGACUUGCGUUACAACAAAAUUUCUACAACCAAAUGUCUUGGUCAACUUGCCGCUAAUUACAAUUCUUUACAAGCUAUAAGCCUGGAAGGAAAUCCGGCCCAGAAGAAUGUAGGUGACGAACAGUUAAAGAAAUACUUACAAAGUCUUCUUCCGCAUCUCACUUACUACAACAGGCAAUCUAUGAAAGUUGGCACACUGAAAGACACAGUUGAUCGUUCUGCUCGACUGGGCUUCAGCGCACAUCAAAUUGACCGCGGGCUCCGAGCUGAAGUGAAGGCGACCCGGAAGGGAACCCAUGGCAUUGCUUCUCACAAGGCAUCGUCUUCAUCAAUUCAUGGUCGUAAAAAUCAAGUAAUUGCCUUGCCAAAACAAUCCAAAAGCAGGCAUGGACGGCUUCCACCAAUUGGAACAAAGACAACAACUCAACGACAUGAAUUGAAUGAUUUCUGCAAGCUUCUGAGCUCUAAAACUAGUUUCUCUAUUGGCAGAAGCCGCAGUGAGGGAUCUCUGGGAGCUCUUUGAGAACAAAUUUGAGGAUUUAAUAAAUCUUUGUGCUUUUAAGUAUCUGAGAGUGGAAUAUUUGCUUUUAGUUAUGACUUCUUUGUGAUUUGGUUUCUUGACGUUUUUGUCCUUUUAAUGCUGUAAUUAGGAUUCUGUAUGAAUCAAAUUAGGAAUAUCAUAUUUUGCUUUUCCUUCAAAUAUUUACAGUUGAUUGGAAUAGAAUACAUAGGACCUUCGUCUGGGUUUUA